GUAGGUAUCUAUUCAACUAUUUUUCUAUUUCAUUGAACACAUCAAAAAUUGAACUGAAUGGCAGUUCAUUAAAACUUGUCUUCUAUGAACUCUUUACCAAAAUGUUUUUAACAGCCAUUUACAACCAUGCAUGAAAUUAAAAAAUUGACCGUAUUUUUAUCUCAGAUACCGGUAAUCCUUUGAAUAAUUAAAUUUUAAAAUGCCGGUGACAAAAUUGAAGUAUGUUGUUGGAUUCGGAAAGUCUGACCCAGCAAAAGUUCCUGUUUUUAUUGUAGGACAACUCAGGAAUUUGAAACAGGUCAAAUGGUCAACUGUUGCACCAAGGCUAGAAUCUAAAGUUUCAGCGGCAUCUUGGAAAUCGGCCGUCGCAGCAUUACAUCCGAAUCCCACUGACAGCUGUUCCUUAUGGCAAAACAACGCAACUUUAGCUUCAUUUACUCAUCUUGUGAGUCGCCACAAUACACCAUCUGGUGCAUAUCAUAUUCCUAAACUCAUGAGGAGCUGCAUUUCUGGAAAAGCAGAGAAUCAGAGCAUUGUUAUAGUUUGUGAACCCCAAGAUGUAUUUGCAUGUGGCUGUUCUGUUGCCAGGGUAUUUCCAACGUUUUCAAUGCGCACUGGAAGAAAUUUAUCAAUUUCAAAUACAAUCAGUAUAGAGUUCAUCAUUAUUUCACCCGGUGGUGAAAGCAUUCAUUUGGAUGAUUCGAUGGCGGAAUGUCUUGAUGAUGCUGCAUAUUCUGUUCGUCUUUCUGCAAAAAUAGUAGAUGCGCCAUGUAAUUUUAUGCAUACUGACGCCUUUUUAGAUGAGAUUCGUACAGUCGGAUCUGAUCUUGGAAUUACACCUUUUAUAAUUCAAGGGAAAGAUCUUGAUGAAAAAGGGUUUGGUGGAAUAUAUGGAGUGGGGAAGGCUUCGGUGCAUCAGCCUGCCUUGGCCAUUCUUAGCCACCAGCCAGAAGGAGCCACUCAAACCAUUGCAUGGUGUGGAAAAGGUAUUGUUUAUGAUACAGGUGGGCUCAGCAUAAAGGGAAAGACCACUAUGCCAGGAAUGAAGCGUGAUUGCGGUGGGGCGGCUGCUAUUUUGGGUGCAUUCCGUGCUGCAGUAAAAAGAGGGUUCAAAGAAAAUCUCCAUGCUGUUUUCUGCCUUGCUGAAAAUUCAGUUGGACCACACUCUGCUCGUCCAGAUGACAUUCAUACCCUUUAUUCUGGUAGAACGGUGGAAAUCAACAACACAGAUGCUGAAGGAAGGUUGGUUUUAGGUGAUGGUGUUGCUUAUGCAUCAAAAGACUUGAAAGCGGACAUUAUUCUUGACAUGGCUACUCUCACAGGUGCUCAAGGUAUUUCAACAGGGAAAUAUCAUGGUGCUGUACUUUCCAAUCGUGAAGACUGGGAGAAUGCAACUGUUAAAGCUGGUCGAACAAGUGGGGAUCUCACUUUUCCACUUGUUUACUGUCCAGAGCUGCAUUUUUCGGAAUUCACUUCAGCUGUUGCGGAUAUGAAAAAUUCUGUCGCUGAUCGCUCCAAUGCUCAAAGUUCCUGCGCUGGCUUAUUCAUCGGCAGUCAUUUAGAAAAUGGAUUUCAUUUUAAAGGUUCUUGGAUUCAUAUCGAUAUGGCUUAUCCAGUUCACAGUGGAGAGAGGGCAACAGGAUAUGGUGUUGCAUUAUUACUCUGCUUAUUUGGUCAAGCAUCUGAUGAUAAAAUGCUCCAGCUUUCAUCACCUUUACAGCAGUCAUCAGUACAAGCUACUGGAGAUGUCAUGAAUCAUUCUGCAGUGGAUGGUGAAGAGUCUAGCUCAAAACGAAGGCGAUUAAUCUGAGGCGAAGCAACACACAAAUCCUAUUGGUAUACCCUAAUAGGUCUUACUGUAAUUCCAUUUGCCACAAUCAAUAACGUUGUAGCCAGGCACAUAAUCACAAAUUUUCAAGAAAUAGGUUUCAGGAAGAAGUGCAAAAUUUUUAUAUUUUUGAAAAUAUCGAAGAAAUUUGUUUGACUGAAAAUCAUUAUUUCUCCUGGAAUCAACUCCUAAUUUUGGUCGAAAAGUUGAUCUACUAAAAUAAAUUCGUCUACCUUUGCUGAUCAGUUUAUAUUAUAAAAAAUUACAUCAUAUAGCCGUUAAAUUUGGGGCUUAAUUACAUUUUUAUCGAAUCUAUACAAUUCUGUAUUUUUUCAUGUUGUAGGAACAUGUAAGAAUUGUUAGGAACAUGUACAGAAUAUAAUUGGCACACCAUUAAUAGUUCUGAGUUUUGAAAAUUAGAAAGGCAAAAAGAGUAAAUAUGGGGCUCUCAACAUCACAACGAGAUUUGUUGCAUCCAUCUGCUGUUGUUUUUUAAUUGAAUGCAUCGAUUUGAUUUCACUACAUUACAUCUAAGAUUCCAAGAAAAUGACAAUAUGUAAAAAUGGCUUUUCCAGAGGGCAAGCUAUAAUUUCCAAAGUAAUAUAAAUUGUAGAUUUAGCAAUAUAUUCGCUGAAAAGCCAAGAACUAUUAUUUUAAUAAUAUUUAUUUGUACUGUACAUGGAUUGAUUCUGUGCAAGGGCAAAUAUUAUGAAAUUUUGAGACUGGAUAUGUCUUUUGAUUUAAUUAAACUAAUGAAAUAUCAUAAAUUUGGCAGUCUGUUUCAUAGGCUGUAGUAGAGGCUUGAACCAUGUUAUCCCAAAAUCCAAAUGAAAUAAAUUUACAAAUUUUAACCCUCAGAACCACAUCCGCUGUGUUGUACAUUGAUAAAAUGCGUUAAGUUAAUUAGAAUCAUAAUAUAUUCGAUUUUUAUAUUGUUGCAUUAGCCUGUUAAUCCAAGUAGAAGCAAUUACAUUAAUCUCUUGAUUCAGCAUAUAAAAGUUAUCACUAAAAAAUCGAAAUUUUUCAACUGUUGUGUGUCAUGGUUGUUUCUUUCACAUGUAGCUUGUUUUGAACUUAAUUUAAUGUGUUGAUGCAUCAUAUUUGACUGGUGGUCACCUGCAACUCGGUCAUAGUGAAAUUUAUAUUCAGUUUUGAUAUUCUACAUUACUACUGAAUGUGUUUCCUAUUUUUUUUGUUGAUCAAAAAUGCACUAUUAUGGCAUAAGUUGUACUUCCUAUUGAAGAAGAAUUGCAAUCAGCUCCUAACUUUUCAUAACAAGUAUUUAAUUAUUGGUAGAAAGUUUUUAGUGAUGCCCAAUGCGCUCAGAAGCGGUUGAAAAUACGAGUUGGUAACAUGG